UUGCUACUGUGUGGUGUAGAUCUCGAUGUCCUGGGGACAUUUCUAACUACACCUUUUCUUUAUUUUCAUGAUUGUGUCAGGAUUGAUCCUGGCAAUGCUUUUAGACUAGUUGUUAAGAGUGAAAAGUUUAAGGCAAAUCUGGAAUAUGGUCUGUUAGACAUGGGUGAGAUGUGGCAUGAGUGGUGGGUUGAUUUGAACAGUGGGUACAAUCUAGAGAAAUUUAUGAAUGAUAUGGCCAGCAAGAUAAUCUGGGGUCCCAGCCAAGCUAUUGCUGUGUGGUCUGUGGAUACAGACAGUGCUGCUGAAUGGAGGAUUAGGAAAGAUGAGCAUUUUGAUAAGAUGAUUCAGUCCAGGUUGGUUCAGAGAGUGGCAAAUCUUGUGGUGGAAGUAGUUGAAAAGCCAGAAUACCAGCAGAUUAACAGUAGUAAUAGGUCAGUAGGUACUUCAGGUGUCACUAGUGCAGUAGAUGUGCCUCAAUAUGGUGAAGGUGCUGGUGACACAUUCACAUCCCAAGAGGAGUUUCAGGAGGCAGAAUAUGUAGUGGAUUGGAGUACAUUGAAAGUCAUUCCUGAGGCAGACCAAGAUGGUGAAGCUACUGCUAUAGUUGAUGAGGACAUAGUGUUUGAGGCUAUGGGCUUCAAAGCAGCAAAUGAGAGAGCACAAGAAGCUGCUGAGAGGGCCAUUCCAGUCAUCCCUCCUGAAGUGCAGAAUGAUAUGGAUGAGGCAGGCAUUAAUGUUGAUGACACUGAGCCCACAAGCCAGUAUUGGAUUGGGACAGGGACAACCCAAAUAUGAUGGUUGGGACAGUUUAUCCUACUAUGACUGAUUUCAGAAUGGCAGUUAGGCAGCAUGCAAUAGUUCAUGAGUUUGAACUUGGGACAGAAAAAUCUGACAAGACCAGGUUCAGGGGUUUCGGCAAAGCCACUGGUUGUCCUUGGAAAAUUAGAGCUAGGACCCAAGAUGAUGGUUCUGUCAGGGUUCAAAUAAAUUCAGUUACCCACAAGUGUGCCUCUAGGAGCAGAGUGAUUGGUACAAUGUCAAAUCAAGCUUGGGUUGCUGAGAGGGCCAUUCCAUUGCUUAAGAGGAAGUCUGGUAUGGGAGCUAGUGAUGUCAAGGAGGCACUGGAGAAUAAGUACAACAUACAUAUCAAUUACCAGACAGUGUGGUAUGGUAGGCAGAGGGCAGCCGACAAAUUGUUUGGUAAGUGGGAUGAUUCAUUUGAUUGGCUUUACAAGUUUAAGGCAGAGGUUGAAAUGAGAUCACUUAGUAGUGUAGUUGAGAUUGGCAUAGUCCAAAUUGGUGACACAGUACAUUUUUCCAGAUUCUUUUGUGCCUUUAGAGGUAGUAUAGAAGGAUUUUUAGGUGGUUGCAGGCCAUACCUUAGUAUAGAUUCCACUGCACUUAAUGGGCAAUGGAAUGGUCACAUGCCUGUAGCUCUAGCAUUAGAUGGGCACAACUGGAUGUUCCCUGUAGCAUUUGGUUUUUUUGACUCAGAGACAAAGGAUAAUUGGAUAUGGUUCAUAGAGCAAUUGAGAAAGUCUAUAUGGAUAAUGCCAAGGCUGACCAUAUGUACAGAUGCAUGCAAGGGUUUAGAAAGUGCUGUUAAGUAGGUAUUUUCCUGGGCUGAACAGAGAGUGUUUCAGGCAUUUGAUGGAGAAUUUGGAGAAGCAAUACACAGGAGACAUAUAUGCUGCAAACAUGUGGCCUGCAGCUAGGGAUUAUGCUCCAGGGAAGUACAAAUACUUUAUGGAUAAGGUGUUUGCAGCUAGCCCUGAUUUGGAGAAUUGGCUGAAGCAGCACCACAAUCUUUUGUGGGCUAGGUCAAAGUUCUCUACAGACAUAAAAUGUGACUACAUAAACAACAACUUAGCUGAGUGCUAGAAUUCCUGGAUAAAAGAAUUCAAAGAUCUACCACUGCACUGUAUGGUUCAUGCUAUAAGAGAGAAAGGUGUGAUCAUGUUUGAGAAAAGGAGGAGGAUUUCCAGAGCUCUGCAUGGGGUCAUCCUUCCAGCAGUCAUACAUCAGUUGAAUGCUGCCUCCAAAGGGAUAGGUCACUUGAAAGUCACCAAGGGACUGCCAGAUCAAGCUGAGGUGACUGAGAUAUACAAAGAUGAGGAAGUGAGAAGACAUGUUGUUUACCUCAAUGAACAAAACUGCACCUGUAGAGAAUGGCAAGUCAUAGGUAAACCAUGCCCUCAUGCCUUGGCUGUGCUCACAACUGAAAGACAGCCUGAUUAUGAGAAGUAUGUGGAUAUGGCCUAUUCUGUGCAAAGGCUUAGACAAGCAUAUGAUCUUGGGUGGCCAAAUAUCACAGACAUGAGUCAAUGGCCAGAAUACCCAAAGGAUUUCAAGCUAUUUCCUCCAGUGGGCAAGAAAAGAGGAGUGGGAAGGCAGAGGAAAAAUAGAAUUCCCUCAUGUCUGGAGAGGACAGGCAAAGUUAAAAGACAAGUGAAAUGUAUUGGCUGUGGAGAAAAAGGACAUAGGCAAGACAACUGGAGGCGUGGCCUAACUGGCACCAAAAAAAAAGAAAGAGAACCAAAAAGAAUGCUGCAAAGCCUGGGAGGAAGAAGAAGUCAGCAGCCAAGAAGAAGUCCAAAACAGUCAGUGAUGAUGAAGUGCAGUUUGUUGGAGCCAGCCCAAGGACUCCCGGAACUAGAGCAGCAGCAGCAAGAGAAGCAGCUGAAGCAGCAAGACAAGCAGCUCAGCCAAAAGCUUGUGAAGCAGCUCAGCCAGAACCAAGUGAAGCAGCUCAGCCAGAAGCAAGUGAAGCACCACCAGCUACAAGUACAUCAACUAAGAGGAAACUUGCAUUGGAGGUUGAGACUCCACCAGCAGACCUGCAGAUAGAUGCAGUACAUGUGCCAGAGCCUUUGGAGGUUCAGCCUCCACCAGCAAAGAAGAUGACUCCAAGGAAGAAGCAGCUGGCCACCAAGAUUAAGAAGACACCCCCAAGAAGUGCAAGAAGCCAUGAAGAAGACCUGCAGUGUUGAUCUGCCCACCCCUAUUUUGUCAAGACCAUGCUCACUUUAUUUUGUCAUGAUGUAAUGGCCAGUUGUAUGGGUUUUGAACAAUUGCCCACCUUUUAGUCUGUGAGCACUGUGAUGUAUGGUUUGAACAAUUGUCAGGGCCUCGAACAUUUGCCCAUGUUUUAAUAUGUCAGACAUGUGAUGUAUGGUUUGAUCCUA